CAAACAAUUCACACGGACAAGAUUCGUCCUACUUCUUGGGAUGGCAAGAGUACGAGAAGAACCCCUACGACGAUAUCAAAAACCCCAAAGGUAUCAUCCAAAUGGGUCUCGCCGAGAAUCAGCUCUCCUUCGACCUCCUCGAGUCUUGGAUGGCUCUCAACCCCGAAGCCGCCGCGUUCAAGAACCCCGAGGGCGAGUCCGUCUUCAGACAGCUCGCCCUCUUUCAAGACUACCACGGCCUUCCCGAAUUCAAGAACGCCAUGGCUCAGUUCAUGUCCGAAAUCCGAGGAAACAAAGUGGACUUCGAUGCCGACAACCUCGUCCUCACCGCAGGCUCUACCUCCGCCAACGAGACUCUCAUCUUCUGUCUCGCCAACCCCGGCGACGCCUUCCUCCUCCCCACUCCGUACUAUCCCGGAUUCGACAGGGAUCUCAAGUGGAGGACCGGAGCCGAGAUAGUCCCCAUCCAGUGCUUCAGCUCCAACAAUUUCAGAAUCACCGAGUCCGCCCUGGAAGAUGCUUACAAGGAAGCCCAAAAGCGUAAACUCAAAGUCAAAGGGGUUCUGGUCACGAACCCCUCGAACCCCGCCAUGGAGGUUCUAUCAGAGCUCAAGGACAAGACUGACGACGUGUGGGAGCGCGUCCACAUCGUCUACAGUCUCUCCAAGGACCUCGGGCUCCCGGGAUUUCGCGUCGGAGCCCUCUACUCAAACGACAAAAUGGUCGUGUCCGCCGCCACGAAAAUGUCGAGCUUCGGGCUCAUCUCCUCCCAGACGCAGUACCUCCUGGCGGCCAUGCUCUCCGACAAGAAGUUCACGAAGAAGUACUUGUCGGAGAACCAGAAGAGGCUGAAGGAGAGGCACGAGAUGUUGGUGGCCGGACUCCGGGAAGCCGGGAUCGAGUGCCUAGAGAGCAACGCGGGAUUGUUCUGCUGGGUGGACAUGAGACACCUCCUAAGCUCAAACACCUUCGAGGCGGAGAUGGAACUGUGGAAGAAGAUCGUGUACCAAGUGGGCCUCAACAUCUCUGCGGGAUCAUCGUGCCACUGCACCGAACCUGGCUGGUUCAGACUUUGCUUCGCCGACAUGUCCGAGGAAACGUUGGGUCUAGCAAUGAAAAGGAUAAGUUCGUUCGUCGCGUCCGAACAACCCGUGACGACCGGAACAACGAGCCCUCGGAAUUCGAACAAGAGCAGCAGGAGGAAAGGAUUCACAAAAUGGGUUUUGAGACUCUCGCAGAAUAACGACCAGAAAAUGAAGUUCCUAUCUGAUAAAGUGACAAACAAUUCACACGGACAAGAUUCGUCCUACUUCUUGGGAUGGCAAGAGUACGAGAAGAACCCUUACGAUGAAAUUAAGAACCCAAAAGGUAUCAUCCAAAUGGGUCUCGCCGAGAAUCAGCUCUCCUUCGACCUCCUCGAGUCUUGGAUGGCUCUCAACCCCGAAGCCGCGGCGUUCCAGAACCCCGAGGGCGAGUCCGUCUUCAGACAGCUCGCCCUCUUUCAAGACUACCACGGCCUUCCCGAAUUCAAGAACGCCAUGGCUCAGUUCAUGUCCGAAAUCCGAGGAAACAAGUUCACGAAGAAGUACUUGUCGGAGAACCAGAAGAGGCUGAAGGAGAGGCACGAGAUGUUGGUGGCCGGACUCCGGGAAGCCGGGAUCGAGUGCCUAGAGAGCAACGCGGGAUUGUUCUGCUGGGUGGACAUGAGACACCUCCUAAGCUCAAACACCUUCGAGGCGGAGAUGGAACUGUGGAAGAAGAUCGUGUACCAAGUGGGCCUCAACAUAUCUCCGGGAUCCUCGUGCCACUGCACCGAACCUGGCUGGUUCAGACUUUGCUUCGCCAACAUGUCCGAGGAAACACUUGCUUUGGCAUUGAAACGGAUAAGUUCGUUCGUGGCGUCCGAGCAACCGGCGUCGACCGGAACGACGAGCCCUCGUACUUCUAAUAAGAGCAGCAAGAGGAAAGGAUUCACUAAAUGGGUUUUCCGAUUAUCGCAAAACAACGACCGUAACAGAGAGCGAUAGUCUGGGCUUGAAUUUGUGAAUUCUUGAGUCAAAAUUCAAUUCUUGUUCUCAUUUUUUAGUCACUCGACAAAUUACAAUAUUCUUUUUAGGCCAACCCAGUCGUCCUUACGGCUAGUGGUUUAACUCUUCACUGUAAACAUUUAAUCAUGAAUAUAUGAUUUCCAAUUUCUCAAAACAUAUAUUUUCAUCUAUUUUCCACAUUGCAGGCGUAUCAUUUGUUAUUGAACUGGGCAUUAAAAUUGUGAAAUUUGCACUAAAUAGGACUAAAACAUAAUGACUUUCAUAAUGUAGGAAUUAAACUUUUUUAUUCCCU